AGCCUGGGCACAGAUCGCUCUGGGAACGGUGCCGUCCCCACCCCUCCCGUAUAAAUAGGGCCUCCGCGGCCCUGCCAGGGGAAGAGGCUGCCUCUGUUUGGGGGAACUAAAGGCGGAAGAACUGCGUGACCUGUGUGGCCUAGAGCAAAUCACCGGACCUCCUCUGCAAACCCGCGGGUCCGCGGAAGUGAGCGCCCCCGUCAGCGAUGGCUCCUGGUGGUGCGAGCCUGAGGGCCGCCGUCCUCUGCCUCCUGGCCUGGGCCGGCCUCGCCGCUGCUGACCGGGUGUACAUACACCCCUUUCACCUCCUCGUCUACAGCGAGAGCAGCUGUGAGCAGCUGGAGAAGUCCAACGCGGAGGCGCCCAAAGAGCCGACCUUCACACCGGUCCCCAUUCAGGCCAAGACAACCCCUGUGGACGAGGAGGCCCUCCGAGAGCAGCUCGUGCUGGUCACCGAGGGGCUGGAGGAGGAAGACAGGCUGAGGGCGGCGAAGGUGGGGAUGAUGCUCAACUUCUUGGGCUUCCACAUGUACAGGAUGCUGAGUGAGUCGUGGAGCACGGCCAGCGGGGCGGCCAUCCUGUCCCCAACGGCUCUCUUUGGCACCCUGGCCUCUUUCUAUUUGGGCGCCCUGGACCCCACGGCCAGCAGACUACAGGCGUUCCUGGGCGUCCCCGGGGAGGAUCAGGGCUGCACGUCCCGGCUGGAUGGCCACAAGGUCCUCUCUGCCCUGCACACCAUCCAGGGCCUUCUGGUCGCCCAGGGUGGGGCCAGCGGCCAGCCCAGACUGCUCCUCUCCACGGUGGUGGGGCUGUUCACAGCCCCCGGCCUGCGCCUGAAGGAGCCAUUUGUGCGGGGCCUGGCUCCCUUUGCCCCCAUCAUCCUCGAGCGCUCUCUGGACUUGUCCACGGACCCAGAUCUUGCUGCCGAGAAGAUCAACGCGUUCACGCAGGCAGUGACGGGGUGGAAAAUGAACAGCCCCCUGUCAGGAGUCGGCCCAGACAGCACCCUACUUUUCAACACCUAUGUCCACUUCCAAGGAAAGCUGAAGGGGUUCUCCCUGCUGGAGGGGCUCCAGGAGUUCUGGGUGGACAACACCACGGCAGUGCCCGUCCCCAUGCUUUCGGGCACGGGCACCUUCGAGCACUGGAGCGACGCCCAGAACAACCUCUCCAUGACCCGCGUGCCCCUGGGCAAGAGCGCCUGCCUGCUGUUGGUGCAGCCGCAAUGCAUGUCGGGCCUGCAGCAGGUGGAAACCCUCAGCUUCCAGCACAACUUCUUGACGUGGCUGAAGAAUCUCUCUCCCCGGACCAUCCGCCUGACCAUGCCCCAGCUGACACUACAAGGCUCCUAUGACCUUCAGGACCUGCUGGCCCAGGCCAGGCUGCCCACCCUGCUGGGUGCAGAGGCGAACCUGGGCAAAAUCAGCGACGACCAGCUCAGAGUCGGAAAGGUGCUGAACAGCGUUCUUUUCGAACUAAAAGCAGACGAGGGAGAAGAGCCCACAGAGUCCGCCCAGCAGCCUGACGGGCCCGAGGCCUUAGAGGUGACCCUCAACAGCCCGUUCCUGUUCGCCAUUUAUGAGCAAGACUCCACCGCCCUCCACUUCCUGGGCCGUGUGGCCAACCCGCUGAGCGCGGCGUGAGGCCUGGGCCGCCACCGAGCCGCGGCUGUCACCGUGAGCGACAGGCACACAGUAACGCCGAUUUGUCACCCGUCUUCCACUUUUCCUUCCAGUGAGUCAGUGCGGAACGGGAAGGAAGCUGUUUCUCCCUGGUAAACGUGGCACUGUGUAUCACGAGCAGCGGAACCUUUGGGAAGAAGGCCUCCCGGGUUCUUAGGUUUAUCUUGGGCCACGUGAAGGGGGGGGCGGUGCCAAGAACCAGAGUUUAUUAGCACAGGACGACUGUUCAGAACAAAGUGUGAACAGACUUAAAACCGGUUCGUGAAACCAAAAACUGCUUUCCUUUUUAUCAGAGAACAGAAAUCGGGCUUUAAAAUUAUACAGUUUUCACAGCCCUGGGUUUAUCCUCGGUUAUGGAAUACGAACGCACGACCUGCAUACGGUCUCCACGAUGCCUUAGUUUUUUGUUGGUUUCUUGGUUGUCUUCCCCAGGAUGCUGUGAUCUUGGAAAAACACAAGCGUCUGAAUUUGUGUUAGAAUGUUAAUACCACGGCUGGUCAUCCCUUGUGUUCUUAAUAAACGUCUUGCAACAAUA